CCCAGCACUCAGUGGGCGCAUGCCAAGCAAGCUGGCUACAGUACAGCUCCCACUUACCAAAACGUCACCCCGUCAGCCUGCCGCCGUGACGUCCCCGGGCAAGACAGCAGCAUCCAACCGUCAGCCUCGACACCAAACUACGUACCUACAUCCACUGCCUCGUUUCCCAAUACAAGCCAAGAUCACUGUACCAACAAACUCGACGACAAACCAGACAACAUCGCCGGUCUACCUAGUACCACAACAAUAUCAACUCGGAAUCAGAAUACGCAUACGCGACGCAUUUACCCAACCGUCACAUCCAUUUGCCGCCCGCGAUAGCUUCAAAAACCACCUCGAAGCUAGAACAUCAAACGAACCUCGACUUGCCGCACCCUCAGAUCACCACCACAUCACCACAGCCAGACACCACCACCACCCAACAUGGCAGAACGACAACUCACCCAAAUCCUCACCCAACUCCAGACCUCGGCCUCCUCCCUCUCCUACACCGACUCCUCCGCCCUCCUCUCCAAAGCCAAGCUCUUGCUUCUCCAACUCAACGCGCUGACCCCGACCGCGCCCGGCUCCGCCUCCAACCCCUCCCUCUUCUCUCUCGCCCGCCAAGUCUACGAGCAAGGUGCCCUGGCCUCGAUCCGCGCCAAGAACCCCGACGCCUUUUUGCGCUACGUCAGCCAGCUCCAAGGGUUCUACGAGCUCGAGAGUACUGUCGGUACCGGUGCCGCUGGUGGCAGGAUUGCCGGUGCGGACGCAAACAGGGAGGAGAAGAACAAGGUCACGGGCUUGUAUUUGCUGCUGCUGUUGACGCAGGGACAGUAUGCCGAGUUCCAUAGCGAGCUGGAGGCGCUGAGCACGAGGCUGGGUGGCGCCACGCGCGAGCUGGAGGCGGAUAGAUAUCUCGGGUAUCCCAUCAAGCUGGAGCGGUGGCUGAUGGAGGGGAGCUAUGAUCGUGUAUGGAAGGCAAUGAAGAAGGGGGAGGUUCCUUGUGAGGAGUAUGGAGUUUUUUCCGAGAUCCUCACUUUCCAAAUCCGCUCCGAAAUCGCCUCCUCCUCCGAGCGCGCCUACCCCUCGCUUCCCAUCUCCUCCACCAAGUCGCUCCUCUUCCUCGAGUCCGAGGGCGAAGUGGUCGAGUUCGCCCGCUCCCGCGGCUGGGUACUCAAGGACGGCCACAUCUACUUCCCGUCUGCUGAGCCGACGACGGAGGAGGCCGGUGCCGAGCAGGAGAAGCCCUUCAGCCGGUUGAUCAUUGAGAAUACGCUGGGCUAUGCUAGGGAGUUGGAGACGAUCGUCUAA